CCACCAGGAGAUAUCAAUAGAAUGAUCACCAAAGAGAUGUUUAUUUAAUAUUCCAGGACCUCCUUGCGGCGCUGGGUGCGGGAUGCGAUGUGAAAUAUCAGUUUUUCUUCCCACGGCGGGACAAAAAGUUGAAGCCACUGAGCCAGUUCGGCCGGCGGGGCGCCCAGUGCGGUUUCACUUCUUUGACGUCGGCGGAAGCAGAUCGCCAGGAACAUCAGCUCAGAUUAUGUGUCUCCCCUCCCAAGCGCAGGCUCAGCUUCAAUCAACCGGUUGGAUGAGAAAAGUGCCUGGCAACAUGCCGAUGUCUGCCAGGUAGCUGCUGCGCUGUGUGCGUUCUCCACGCUGAUUGCUUAUGUUCCACCAGCCUUCACGAUGAACACGCCCUCUGUCCGCGGCACGGAGCUGCGCUCUUCGGUGGCCACCCGGUCGUCAUCUGAAACGACAAGGACAAAGAGGGCUUCUGCUGAGCUUGCUGAGCGUCCAGGUUCCUCUGGAAGUGAUGUCUCGUCUGGUUCAUCGAAUGUGACCACGCUCUCUCGUCCUCAAGGCUCGAUAUACGACCCCAAUGCACAGCCAGGGAUAGCUCCGCAUCCGCCCCGAACCUCCUCAGUGAGUAACAGCAAUAACACGAGCACUGUUACUCUGCCGACAUUCACUCGUCCUUCUGCCGCCUACAUGCCACAGAAUGAUCCUCAAUCGCGCAAGUCCCCACGGGCUCCUCCCCCCGAACUGCAGAGACACCGUCCGCGACAACAUUCCCAAGGCUUCUUCGAACCCUCCCUGCCCACUGCCACCCUAUCCGAUAAUACAGUCAUGGCGAACCUUUCAGCGUCGCAGAUCGCAGCACAGGCUGCUAUGCAGCACCAAGCCUCGAAUCAGCACUUACGGAAACGUUCACAGACAAUCCCGAACCUCCAGGAAGAAGGCCAGAAGGCUAAGAAGGGCAGCAGAGAGUCCCCGCCUCCUCCGCUGCUGGCUCCGCAAAGUGCGACAGGAGGAGGCUUCUCAGAACAAUCUUAUCAGAAUGGAUUGGUAGGGGGUCGUGUCUUAGCAGCUACGACAGCAGCAAAUGCUGCCUUUCCCAGGAGUCCAGGCCUGGCACCGUCGGCGCCGCCGCUGGAACAGCCUCCCGAACGCGAACAUAAGCACAAAGGGGAGAAGUCGAAGAUGAAAUUAUUCUCCAAGCCGAAACACAUCGCCUUGUCUCGAGAUAAGGAAGGAUCAGGGAAGGACAAGGCUCUUCCAUCCCCGAAUAAGAUGGGCUUCGCAGGGCCCAGUGGGCUCUCUCGUAUGGUGAAUGCCUCAACAACCAGCUUGGCAGAUACACUUCCUUCGGGCAACUCGUCUAUGUAUAACUUGUCCAACACCUCGCAGAGCACCGUUGUCCCAGCUGAUCGACAACCAAGCGAGAAGGACAAAGAGAAAGAAAAGCACAAACACCAUUUCUUAUCACGGCAGAAGCUCAAACUCAAAGACAAAGAUGAUCACUAUCAUCUGCCUUUAUCAUCUGCAUCGAGCAAUUCGAGACCCUUGGAUCCAAAUGCUCCGCAGUCGUUAUAUUCGUUCACGCCGUCUUCACCGGCUCCAUCUUCCACCGCAUUUGGCAAGUCUGUAACAGGUCUAGAUCUUCUUCAUGGCGGACGAGCCCUGCGCGAGAAAAAGAAGGAAGAGAAGGCAAUUGCUGCUGCAGCUUUUGAUCCUACAAGGGAACAAGAUUCGGCCGAGUGGCCUGCCACCUCAGGACCUGGUGCCUCCCAACUAGGACCCGGGGCAUCUACACUUGGAGGCCCUGGAGGUUUUCUACAUGGUGAAACUGCUUUCCGGGAAGCCCUUCAGGGAUUCGGAUUGAAUAACAUGACUGCCGAGGAUGCAUGGGACUUCCUCAAAGCCAAGCUCCUAGUUAUUUUCGAUGGGGAAGAUGUGCGGUUCGCCAUCGAAGACUUGAAUAAGCUUGUUAUCGUCCAUAUCCAACGUUGUGUCCAGAAGCUUAUGCCGCAUGUCAUUGUGGAAGACCUCCGGGAGCUUCUCCACACUGGUUUUGCGUCUUUAGGCCACUCGCUGACAGGUAUCCCGGAUGAGAAGCUGGUGCCACAUCUGGUGCAGAUAUGGAUGCUGGCCUUUGGGAAGAUUCUCCCCUUCAUUCAAGCCGUCUUUCUUCCGCUAGAUCUCGAGUUCAAAGGCCGCGGAUCGAUCAUGUCGUCUCGUGAAGCUAAGGAGUUCUGGGGCGCACUCCCCAGUGUGGAUAACCCUGACGCGUUCAUGGGCGACGAACUCGAUGUUCGGACGAUUGUUCUUGUUGCUUUCCGUGAUACGGUCAUCCUGAGUCGUUACGAGGGUCUUAAAGCGACCUUUUCUCGAUUGAGUCUGGAUAACAUCAAUGCUGGCGUCAGCAGUCUCGGCGUCACGUCCAACAGCAGCAAUAGUGGCGGUCGUCCCGGGACCGCCACCUCUCUUGAUCCUGGCCUUAGCAGCUACAACUCACAAUCAUCUACUCUUCUGAACGCUGCUGGCAGUUACUCUUCCGAUACCGCCAGCCUUACCCGCAGCCGUGCGGAGUCCAAUACAUCCUCCAAUCCCGACCAACAUCUCUUCCAGUCUUUCUCUUCACCGUCUCAUAGGCCCAGUAUCACCGCUCGCUCUGUGCCGGCAACAACAGACUCUUCUCACAUCAUCACUGAGACUGUCGGUCGCAUGCUGCAAUGUGUUAGCGUGCUGGCCAGCGUCCAAACAGGAGACGAACCGCAGGAACAAAUCGAGACUUUAAGCAAGACACUGAAACACAACUGGCUUGGACGCGGGCGGACAGGCAGAGAUCGAAGAGGAUUUGUCGGAACCCGAAUUCGGCCGGCGGCAACUCCCAAGCAGGAAAGCGAUGAAUCACAAACCGGCAGAACGAAUGACGAGACUCAAUGGAAUGGACGAGAUGGGGGUCUGAACUUGAGCAUGCUGUGAUAUUGUUG